GGUAUAGUACGGUCCUUAACGGAGAAAAGCACAGUUUCUUUCAAAAAUCACGGUGUGGCUGCGUUAUGGCGUCACCUGCCUAAGGUUCACAACACAAAAUUUUGAGAGAAGAUAACUUUCAAUAAAAUGCUUCUGAUGAUUCAAAAUAUACUCAAAAAUUGACAUUUUAUCCACAUAACAGUAGUUUAAUUGAAACAGAAGCAGCAGCGGAAAUGGCAGCAAAACAGAAAGAAGAGGUAGUGGACAGUUCUGAAGAUGAGGCUGAUAGUUUUGAUAAUUAUGGUGUGUUCCAGAGUGACUAUGAAUUUAAAUUUGUACAGGAGGGUAAUGAUAAGACAACACUUAUGUUGCCUCCUGUUACAUAUGACAGUAUGGAAGUCAAGUAUUUCAAUGUUGAAAUAGAGGUUGACAGUGAAUUGCUUGUUAGUGCACUUGAAAAAGAAAAGACAGUGAAUGGCACAACCAGAUUUUUUUUCCGAAUAGCUAAAUCUGGUGGGCAACUUGGUCAAGGGGAUGAUGGUGAGGCAUAUGAAAAGCUUGGUGAAGAUGGUUAUGAUUAUGGGGAAAUGAAAGACAAAGCUGAAGUACAAGCAAAAAAGCCAAAGGGAAAAAAUCCUAAGGCCAGAGCUCCAAUGGAUGCUCACAACUACAGUAAACAAAAAGUAAUGGUGAAGUCUGCACCAACUAUUAAAGUUGAAAGCGAAGAAUUGCCAACAAUGAAUUUGGAUGGUACACAACUUGAUGAUGAGGAGGAGGAAGAAGAAGAGGAUGAAGGCGAAGAUGUGGAAGAUGAUGGUGAUGACGAUGAUGAUAUGGAUGAUCUUGAAGAAAUUGAAAUGUUAGGAGAUGCGUCACUGGCAGAGGAUGACCAGACUGGUUCACCAAGAACACCAAAAAGGAAGAAACCCAAACAAGAACCAACAUCAUCUGGCAAGAAGAGACGAAAGUAUGACAAGACAAAUUAUUACAGUAAAGAAUCUACCAACUUCUCUGUAGAGAUGACAGAUGAAGGUAAUAAAGUUUUCAAGUGCAACACUUGUGAUUACGUAUCGAAAUGGCCAGGCAACAUGCGUGACCAUGUUCGCGUCCAUACUGGCGAAAAACCAUUUGGCUGUGACAAAUGCAGUAAGAGUUUUGCCAACCAAUCUGGCCUACAGAAGCACAGUGUCAUCCACUCCGACGAACGCCCACAUAUUUGUGACAUCUGCGGCUUUGCUUUUAAGCUGAAACGCCAGCUGGUAAAGCACUAUAGGCGUCACCUUACACCAGGGUCCAUAUUAUGCCCGUAUUGUGGUAAACGUUAUUACUCCCAGUCGGAACUAAGACACCAUAUGCCAACACACACUGGUGAGAGGAAGUUUGAGUGCGAUGUAUGUAAUAAGAUGUUUGCCUCAGUAUCUUCUUUGGGAAGACAUAAGGCUCUACAUUCAGGGGCGAGGUUUGAAUGUCACAUCUGUGGGAAUUUAUCAAUGCGAAAAGAGUACUGGCGUACUCACAUGAUCAAGUAUCAUCAUUUUAGUGAGAACGAUGAACUGCUGGCAAAGAAGAUGCGAUUCAAUCGCUUAUAUGAUCAAACUGAGGAGAUGAAAGUACCGAGUGUACAUAAAAUUAAAGUGGUAAAAGCAGAAUCAAUGAAUGUCGAGGAAGGUGAAAUUAUCGAAGGUGAAAUUAUUGAAGGCGAGCAAAUAGCAGAAGUUCAGGAAAUAGUGGCUGGACAGGAGAUAAAUGAUGAAAAUGUCCAGUAUAUAAUUAGCCUGAACUAUAAUUGACCUUUUUUGAAAUUGAGAAAAUACUAAAAAAGAUUCUUGUUUAAUUGCCUGUUCUAGGGCUUAUUUAUUGUUAAUAUGAAUAUUUAGAAACUCAAAACUAUAUUGUUUGUGACAUGAACACUAAUCAUUAUAUUGUGAUUUGAAAACUGUUCUUACUCUUGCAUUUGAAUGGAUAGAGUGUUUCUGAUUCAGUUAGAAUGCACUGCAAUUUGGGUGAUUUGAGUUACAUUUAUUUAUAUAUUUGAUACAAAAAUUUGUGUGAAGCCUAUGGUAUUGUUCACUAGUGUGUUUUUGUGUCUCGGACAACUAUUUAAUAUGUAUACUUGUAUUUUAUGUAUUGAUAUGGAAAACAGAAUUUUCAAUAGGAUUGGUACAUGUUUCAUUAUUUAAACUUCUGUAUCAAAUGUUUUUUCUGUACUGCAAUUAAAAUGUUUUACCUGGGUAAAAUUUAUACAUAGUUAAUUUGGAUACAAAUGCCUAAGUGUUCACCUUUAACAUAAAUUUUAAUGCAAUAAUGGAAAAUUUAAAUUUUAACAUGAAUUUUAAUUCAAAAAUGGAAAAUUUAAACUUUUUAGAGUUGGCACUCGAAGCAUUUAAUACAGUAAAUACAUGCCUAUGCUAGUAGUUAAGAAAUAUGCCAGUUUGACCAUUUGUUCAGUCUGACCAUAUUAUACCAUAUUAGCAUAUAUACCAUACUAUUAAUUUUGAAAGUACAGAAACUUAUAAAAUUAAUGAUAAAACUUCCAAAUGCAAAGCAUGGCAAAUCAGUUGCACAAAUUCAGAUGCACAAUAGUAAACAAUUCUUAACUUUGUUAUACCCCCACAAACGAAGUUUAGGGGGAUAUAUAGGAGUCAGCUUGUUGGUCUGUCAUUCUGUCCACAUCAUGAUUUCAGGACGGUAAUUACAGUUUGGAAUGGGGUAUUGUAAUCAAACUUGGUAUAUAGCAACCAUAUGUGGAAACUCUGGUUGGUAUUGCAUUUGGACCUCUUGGGGGCAAGGUCACCAUUACUAAAAAAAGAAAAAUGGUUACUGGACUAGCUAGAGUUAGGAAUGAGAUAUUGUUAUCAGAAAGCUUACAUGAAGACCCUGGUUGUUAUUGCAUUUGGAUGGCCUGAGGUCAUGGUCACCAUUACUAAAGAUAGAAAAAUAGUUUUCGGACAACACCUAGAGUUAGGAAUGAGAUAUUGUAAUCAAACUUGGUGUAUAGCAAGCUUAUACGAAGAUCCUGACUGGUGUUGCAUUUGAGCUUCCUGGGGUCUAGGUCACUGUAACUAAAAAUAGAAAAAUGGUUUCUGGUCAGUAACUAGAGUUAGGAAUGAGAUAUUGUUAUCAAACUUGGUUUAUGACAGGUUGGGAUUGCAAUUAAUUAAACACCUUUACUAUAGGUUGAGUUCAAAUUUUUCUUCAGACCAGUUAUUUUUCAAAUGGUCAAAGCUGCUGGUGGGGGUAUUUAUCACCUUCAGUGAUAGCUCUAGUUGUGUCAAGGGUUAGCAUGAAUUUUUUCCAGAUUGCUUGUCUCACAGAAAUGUCGAUGCUUUACUUUUUGUAGUAGGAUGUAUUUUCAAAACGUUUUAAGCAAUUUAUAUUCUUUUCAAAUAACUAUCAAAUUUUCCCAGUAUUCAGGGAACAUUUUUUAAAAGCCACACUUUAGACUGGAAUAUUAUUUGGCAUUUUGCUCAAAAUUGGGGGGAGAGGACUUUUUUUGCGAUGGCAAUAUAUUGUUCCUUGAAGGCUUAACAUGUAACCAAAUCAAUCUGUUCUAUUGCUCUGUGUUACAAACCUGUUUUUGUUCACUCGAUCUGUUUUAGAACUUCAAUUUGAUGUGUGAAAUUGGUGUUAAAGUUUUGAAAUUUACAUAUUUUACAGUUGUUUAAUGUUUUUUGAAUGUUUGAAAUUCUUGGUUCUUUUUCUCUACAAUUGUUGAUAUCUGUAUUAAUAAUUCCAUCACAUUGAAGCAUGUUUAUUCAAUAGUGCAUAAAAUUAUAUAGAUUUCCUACAUCUUUUGUGAAAAUAUUCUGCAUGUUUGGUUGAGUCACAUGAUCACCCUAUUUAGCUUUAAUUUUGCCAAUUUUGUUGCAUCAUCUUAUUCAGCAGUAAUAUUUUAUCAUAUCACAUUAUAACUAUUUUUAGCAGUAAUAUUUCUGAUUAUGUCACAUAAUCUUAUUCGGCAGUAAUAAUUCUGAUUGUGUCACAUCAUAUUCAGCAGUAAUAUUGAUGCUGAUUAUGUCACAUUGUAUUAUUCAGCAGUAAUAUUUCUGUGUGUGUCUUGUCACAUCAUAUUCAGCAGUAAUAUUUAAAUUUUAUGCUGAUUAUGUCACAUUGUCUUAUUCAACAGUAAUGUUUCUGAUUAUUUCACAUCAUUUUUAUUUUUAGCAGUGUUAUAACUGAUUAUGUGACAUCAUCUUAGUCAACAGUAAUAUUUCUGAUUAUGUUCAGCAGUAGUAUUACUAUGUCACUUCAUUACAAUAUUCAGAAGAAAUAUAACAGCCCAGUUAGUUUAGUAUUUGUGUAAACAUUAUAGGUGCUGUUAUAUCUUUGUUUUGAAAUCCUAUCAAGUGAAGAAUUAGUGUUAAAAUUAAAUGAAUGGAUUAAUUAUGUUAUUUGUUGUACAAGUUGUUGAUGUGAUGUACGGGGGAAUAUUGGCUGAAUGAGCACUUGGGGUCAUAUUUAUCUCAUUCAGCCUUACUUUCUCCCAUAUAUCCAGUUAGCAAAUUAACAAAAAGCAAAUUUAUAAUAACGCAAAUUGUUUUUGAACAAAAGUUCUUAAGAAAAUCCAGUAAUUUUAGACUGUUUUCAAAGAAGCCAGAGAAAAAUGUGCGCGUAAAUAAGAUGACAUUGGAUGUUGAACUGCUACAUGUAUGCCAAUGCUGUACAUAAAAAGUAAUUGUCCCCCACCUUUUCGAAGAAAAAAGGGAGAUAUAGAAAUAGGCUCCGUCCGUCUUUCCGUCCGUCCAUCAGUCACACUUUCGUGUCGGGUCCAUAACUUUGUCAUUUAUUGAAGGAAUCUGAAAUAACUUAGCAAAAAUGUUUGUUAUAAUAAGACGAUGUGUCAUGCGCAACAACCAGACCCCUACCUCCAGGGUCAAGGUCGCACUUGCUCAUUCAAGGUCAGCAUUGUCUAUUUGAGGGUAUAUCUCGUGUCCGGUCCAUAUCGUUUUUACCUUUGAAGGGAUUUUGUAAAUACUUGCCACAAUUGUUCACAAUAAUGAGAAGAUGUGUCAUGUGAAACAACUGGUCACCUACCUCCAAGGUCAAGGUCACACUUGGUGGUUAAGAUUAACAUAGUCUGUUACAGGGUAUAUUUCGUGUCCAGUCCAUAACUUUGUCAUUGAUCAAAGGAAUUUGAAAUAACUUGGCACAAAUGUUUGUUAUAAUAAGACAAUGUGUCAUGUGCAACAACCAGACCCCUACCUCCAGGGUCAAGGUCGCAUUUGCUCAUUCAAGGUCAACAUUGUCUAUUUGAGGGUAUAUCUCGUGUCCGGUCUAUAACUUUCUUAUCUUUGAAGGGAUUUUGUAAAUACUUGCCACAAUUGUUCACAAUAAUGAGAUGAUGUGUCAUGCGCAACAAUCGGUCACCAACCUCCAAGGUCAAGGUCACACUUGGAGUUCAAAGAUUAACAUAGUCUGUUAUAGGGUAUAUGUUGUGUCUGGUCCAUAACUUUUUCUUAUAUGAAAGGAUUUUGAAAAUACUUGGCACAAAUAGUCACUAUAAUAAGACGUGUCAUGCGCAACACCAGCAUCCCUACCUCCAAGGUCAAGGUCACAUUUUGAGGUCAAAAAUUAACAUAGUCUUUUAAAGGGUAUAUAUUGUGUCCAAUGUAGAACU